AUGAGCAAUAAAUCCAAGAAGCGUCCUCGAGGCCGUCUGACAGAGGAGGACAUCCUCUCGUGGUACUCCGUCGUCAAGAUAAACGGGGAAUAUAUCUAUACUCCCGGCUUCGAGCGCAUCCCUGACAAUUGGUAUAAACGGGCCAUAGGCGACGAGUACACCAUCCCGCUUUUCGUGAAGGACGUGCUGGUGGGUGCCAGUAUAUACCCCAAGUUCUUCGCCCUUGGGGGCAACAUAAACUGCUCUUUCGUUGGCCUCAGAGCCGAGAACCUCACCGGUGGCGUGUACAAUUUCGAGACUCUCAGCGAAGGCAACAAUUUUUACUGCUUUUUGUUGCUCACGUCACUCCAGCUGCCGGAUUUCCUCCAGGGUGCCGGGAAGGAACUCGCCCGGCUAGCCAGCUUUUUUGCCGCGUUCGUCAACAAUUCCACCCGUGACUUGAAUUGCCCUCCGUUGACCCGAUACGACCCUGUUUCCAUGCGAAGCCAGUUUGCGAAGUACCCCGGAUAUAUGAGAGGCAUGGGCAUGGAUGAAGAUUUACUAUCUCUUUUCGGCUUGUGA